AUGAAGGAUGAUGAGCAGCAGCCCAAUACCAAGGCCCUGAAAAUAGAAGAAGAUGUGCCUGGAGCGCUCCGGGCCAAGAUGGGCGAGGGGCAAGACAAGAAGCCAGAAAGCGCAGCCUCAAUGGACCCGACUGGUGCACACGAGCUGGAUUUCGUCGCUGAGAAGGCGCAGGCAGCCAUCGAUCCGUUUCAUCCUUCCUUCGAGGCUUUGCCUGUUCUGCUGCAGCACCUCUCCGUCUCAGACCUGGUGGCCUGGCGCGUGACCUCUCGGCACACCCGGAGUCCGGAGGUGCUGACGCGGCACGUGGCCGAGCUCGGCAGGUUCGACACGUCCGCCUCGAUGGUGGCCUUUCGUGAUGCUGUGCACCGCCUGGAGAGCCCUCCGCACCUGUCCAAAUCCGAAGCCUUUGGCGACGAUGUCGGCUCCCUGAAGAUCUUUGAAUGCCAGGAAUGGUGUAUCGCGCUGGGGCAAGCCGACAGAACUCAUUUUGCCGAAAGUGUCGUCCGCGCAGUCGUGGUCAAAAACCUCGAUUUCGCAUUGGGAUACUGCCUUGACCAGGAUAUGUCUGUGCGUAAAGCAGCACACACCGUAGUCAGGAAUUAUAUCUGGGGCGGCCUUGACUUCGUGAAGGAGCCGGUCGCAGAAGCCAUGCUCAGUCAGAUGAGAGACAUGACGUCAGCGAGCCGGUCGCAGAUGCCUCCGACCUGGGCUUCUCUGAAGCUCUGCAUGCAACAUCUCGAAGAUCUCCUGAGAUCACUGACGAGGCCUCAACGUCAGGAGUGGGCGUCCUGCUUGGUCACAGCGCUACAGAGUUUUCAACCAACCUCAGUUCCAGAGGUAUCUCGGACCAAAUGCCAGACCUGGAUGCUUCAGCAGCUGAAGCUCCUUUGGCUUGCUGAUGACGAUCCCCUUCGAACCUAUGCAGACACAAAGCGGCAGCUGGAGGCCUUAAGGAAAUCUCCGAACUUCCAAGACGUGAGGCAGAACAUACACUGCCUCGUCGUGUGCUGA